AUGGAGGCGGCGCGGGGCAUCGGCACCUUCGUGGUGUGGGACUACCUGGUGUUCGCCGCGAUGCUGCUCAUCUCGGCGGUCAUUGGCAUCUACUACGCCUUCGCGGGGGGCGGCCAGCAGACCUCCAAGGACUUCCUGAUGGGCGGCCGCAGUAUGACGGCUGUGCCCGUGGCGCUGUCCCUCACCGCCAGCUUCAUGUCGGCCAUCACAGUCCUGGGCACCCCCUCUGAGAUCUACCGCUUCGGGGCCAUAUUCAGCAUCUUUGCCUUGACCUACUUCUUUGUGGUGGUCAUCAGCGCCGAGGUCUUCCUCCCGGUGUUCUACAAAUUGGGGAUUACCAGCACCUACGAGUAUUUAGAACUUCGAUUUAACAAAUUCAUUCGUCUCUGUGGAACUAUUCUCUUCAUUGUUCAAACAAUUCUGUAUACUGGAAUUGUUAUUUAUGCCCCUGCCCUGGCUUUGAAUCAAGUCACCGGGUUCGAUCUAUGGGGUGCGGUUGUGGCAACAGGGGUGGUCUGCACAUUCUACUGUACAAUGGGUGGUCUUAAAGCAGUCAUCUGGACAGAUGUUUUUCAAGUUGGGAUUAUGGUGGCUGGAUUUGCAUCUGUGAUUAUACGUGCUUCAGUUGUUCAAGGUGGAAUGAGCACUAUUCUAAGUGAUGCCAACAAUGGUGGAAGAUUAAACUUCUGGAAUUUUGAUCCUAACCCUCUGCAAAGACACACAUUCUGGACAAUCAUUAUAGGAGGGACUUUCACAUGGACCAGCAUCUAUGGCGUCAACCAAUCCCAGGUGCAGAGAUAUAUUUCCUGUAAAAGCAGAUUCCAUGCAAAAAUGUCUCUCUACGUCAAUCUCGUGGGGCUCUGGGCAAUCCUCAUCUGCUCAGUGUUUUGUGGGCUUGCCCUAUAUUCCAGGUACCAUGACUGUGAUCCUUGGACAGCCAAGAAAGUGUCUGCACCAGACCAGCUCAUGCCUUAUAUGGUGUUGGACAUUCUGCAAGACUAUCCAGGACUUCCUGGACUCUUUGUGGCCUGUGCUUACAGUGGAACACUCAGCACAGUGUCCUCCAGUAUUAAUGCCUUAGCAGCAGUCACUGUGGAAGAUCUAAUCAAACCUAGCUUCAGAUCACUCUCAGAAAGGUCUCUGUCUUGGAUUUCCCAAGGAACAAGUGUGCUGUAUGGCCUCCUGUGUAUUGGAAUGGCUGCUCUGGCAUCACUAAUGGGAGCUUUGCUACAGGUUGGGAUUGGAGCUCAGCUUUAUCCUCCACUUCCUGUGAGAACUUUGCCAUUAAGCCUUGAAACCUUUGGCUGCAACACCACGUACAAUGUUACAAAUUCAUUGGCAACCACAGAAAUGCCAUUUUCUACUAGUGCUUUUCAAAUAUACAACGUUGAAAGGACUCCAUUGAUGGAUAACUGGUAUUCCUUAUCGUAUCUAUACUUCAGCACUGUCGGAACUUUGGUAACAGUACUCGUGGGGAUAAUUGUUAGUUUACUAACAGCCCCUAUGUUGGAUCCCCUGUUGCCGUACUCCAAUACUCCUCAUUCUUGGAGACUCCCUUAA